UGGGGCUUUCUCAUGUGAUCGGCGACCGGGCGGAGACUGAACUGGGGCUGGAGGCGGCGCAAGGGGAGGUGGAGGUGCACGUUGUUUUCCUUCUGCCAUUUGCAAAUCCGUUUCUCCGGUGUCAAAGCUCGGAGAUCUGUGUGAAUCCCGGAGGCAAGGCCGAUGGCGGCGGUCCGCGGAGGCCUGAGCGGCAGCAAGACGCUAGUGGACUUGUUCUACGAUGUGCUGUCUCCUUACUCCUGGCUCGGGUUUGAGGUUCUAUGCCGGUACCGGCCCAUCUGGAACAUCGAGCUGCGCUUGCGGCCUGCUUUCCUUGGUGGGGUCAUGAAUGAGACAGGCAACCAGCCCCCGGCCAUGGUCCCCCAAAGAGCCAGAUACAUGACAAAAGACAUUCCACGGAUGGCAAAAUACUACCAAGUGCCACUGCAAGCCCCAAAGGAUUUCUUUGAGACUGUUAUCAGAAAGGGCAGUCUGUCUGCCAUGCGCUUUAUUAGCGCUGUGGAUAUAGCGCAGCCGCAGUUUGUGGAGUCUGUUUCUAGAGAGCUUUGGAUGCGCAUUUGGAAUCGAGAUGAAGACAUCACCCAACCAGAGAGUAUCUUGGCAGCAGCCGAGAAAGCAGGUGUCCCCUUGGAGCAAGCUAAGAAGCUUCUGGAAAUGAGUGCCUCGCCUGAGGUGAAGAAUCGCCUGAAAACCACCACAGCCGAAGCAAUCAAAUAUGGGGCAUUCGGGAUGCCCUCUGUUGUGGCCCACGUUGAUGGCAAGCCUGAACUUUUCUUCGGUUCAGAUCGCCUGGAACUGCUGGCCAGCAUUUUGGGAGAGAAAUGGUUGGGACCAGUGCCAGCAUCCGCCAAGCUCUAGCUACGAGGAACAGCAGUGGGGCACGACUCAGCAAGACAACAGACUUGGGAGCUGUGACCCUACAAGCUUUCACGGAUUCAGUACAGGAGGAUCAAUGGACAAAGCACACCCCUUCUUCAAACUGGAAGAGAACGGCCCGAGGCAAGCACAGAGCCUGCAGAAGGCAGCAUGGCAACCACGUCCAACUGUAGUGUGAUCCACGCGAGUUAAUCGCACAGCUGGUACCAGCCUCGUGUGCUCUAGACCUGUGGCCCAGCGGAUGUACGUGUGUGAAUGUGGAAGCUUCAGCGUAUAACCGGAUGACCAAUUGUUCCCUGUUUUUUAACUGCAUGAGAGCGGCCAGUUGAGAGCCACCAGCGGUCACUGCUGCACCCAGAAAAUGUGAAUGAUUUGUUGCAGAAACCUGCAAGCGAACUAAGAAUUGGUGUCGUGUUCACCUUGGGGUGAGACAGCAGUGGCAAGAGGAAAAGAUUAACCUGCUCUCGUGAGGUUUCAGAGAGGGGCUGGAGAAACGUCUGUUCUCUGCACUACUUUAUGCUCUCUGCUGCCAGAGAGAAGCUUGGUUUCCUUUGAAUCUCCUGAUUUCCUUUGCCAGCUUGCUUCAAGCCCUGUUGACAGGAAGUCUGGUUGUGGUUGGCGUGGUGGGAGGGGAUUGUCAACUUUUGCAAGAGAGCCUGUCAUUUCCAUGCCCGUGUACCUUCUGCCCUUGGUCUUGCCUGCCCGCCAAUACAUUUUUUCAUCUAUUCAGUAACGUGGCCUUUAAAAUGUGGCAUCGAUUCAUUGGACUGAACUAGGGCCGAGUCAGUUUUAUUUUGCUAAGAGCCUUUCUGCCGGACGACCUCUUCCUGUGCCUCAUUUUUUUUUUGAUGAUUCCCACAAGCUUUGUAUAAUUUAAUAAAUCAGUAGUGCAGCUCUGAUAAA